CUUGCCACUCACAACAUGGCGGCGAAUGACGAGCUGACUGUGGGCGGAGCAAACAGAGGACGCAGGCAGUGGAAGGAAGGAGGACGCUUUGUUUUUGGAGCAGAAAGCGGCUGUUGGAAACGUCAGUUUCCCCCCAGAUGGACCUGCUGCGGCACAGAAAGCUUCACGGAGUUAGUUGCUGCAGAGAUGGAUCCGGUUCUAAACCUGGAAGUUCGGGUUCUGCUCCACAGAACAGACGUCCAACAGCAACAUGUCUGCAAACAGGAGAUGGUUCUGAAACAGGAGGACUCUGGUCUGGAUCAGGAGGAACCAGAACCGCUGAAUAUUAAAGAGGAGCAGGACGAGCAGAACCAGACUCCGACGGACGAACCAGAAAAACCAAACAAGUGCCAAAUGGACGUUUUCUUGGAUACUCGGCUUAUAAAACAGGAGAAUAUUUCCAGACCGAUCAAAGAGGAAGAGAAGAAUCCACGCUGCAGUCGGGCCGAAAAGCAGCUGGAAAUGAACCAGGAGACCAAGGCCGUCAUUUUGACCUCUGCUAACGAGAAACGAGACCAAAGUGACUCCGAACCAAACCGGAACCGGCUCAGAAGAACCAGCAGCGAAGCAGACACCUCACCCGACUCAGAGAGUCGGAGCAACACAGAAUCAGAUCGGAAACCUUUGCAGUGUUCCCACUGUGGGAAAACGUUUGUGUGUAGAGCCAAACUGAUGGCUCACACACGAGUUCACACCGGAGAGAAGCCAUUUGUUUGUAAAAUGUGUGGAAAAAGAUUCAGAACCAAUGAUUGCUUAAAGCGACAUGUUCUAAUCCACACAGGUGAGAAACCUGCGAUUUGUGAGAUCUGUGGGAAAAGAUUCAGUCGGAGCUGCUACUUAUCAAUCCACACCAGAACCCACACCGGAGAGAAACCGUACGAGUGUGAGGUGUGUGGGAAAAGUUUCCCCAGCAACUCUGCCUUGCGCAGUCACACCAGUGUCCACACGGCGGAGAGGCCACAUGUGUGUGAAGACUGUGGGAAAAGGUUCGGACGGAAGGGAACAUUGGACAAACACAGGAGAACCCACACCGGAGAGAAACCGUAUUUCUGUGAGACAUGUGGAAAACUUUUCAGAGAUAACUACACCUUAUCACAGCACAUAAAAAUCCACACGACGUAAUGAACCGGAGUGGAGUUGCCAUGGUGACCACAUGAUAAGUCCGACUGUAGUUUGCGUUCAUGAACAUUUCAAACUCAACACUGACACCAAGAAAUGAAUCAUUUAAAAAACUUUCCUAGUUUAUUACUCACAGCAAAACAUUGGUUUGUUUCUUUGCUUCUCUAUUUAGCAGCUGAGCUGCCAGAUGAUUAACAUCUUCUGCCGUUAAUUCGUGCCACAGCAGAAUGGAGCGUUGCCAUGGACACUAAAUCCAGACAUAAUUAUUUUGUAAAUCAGAAUUCGUAGUUGUGAAUUAGAUUUUUCAGGAUUGUAGAAUAAAAUGUAUGAACAUUUAACUAAUUAGAACAAACUAAGAAUCCAGAGAAACGAGCCCAAAGUCGGCAUCCUGCAUGUUUGAUUCUCUCCCUGGUUUAACACACCUGGACCAAAUGAUGCUCAUUAGAGGAACAGCGACUUCCUGAGGAGGUUGUUAUAGGACUAGAACCUGCAGGCCCUCCAGGAUCCACUUUUACACCCCGGCCUUGGAUCAGCUUCAUCAGAACAAGAAUCCAGAGAAACACCCACGACUUUAUAAAUCACUUAUUCUUAAACAUGCAGUUUAACUUUGUUUUCUUUUCCUUGGUUUGUUUUAUUGUAUUUCCGUUUAAUACAUGUAAAGCACUUUGAAUUGCCUUGUUGCUGAAUGUGCUUUAUAAAUAAAAUGACCUUCCAGUACAUCAACUAUCUCGGUGUGUAAAACCUAACUGAACAGUGGGGGGCCACACUUCUGCUAGCCUGACAGCAGAGCUACGAUUUAGCUUAGCACUAACAGCUAGCUUUAAAACUUUAGUGCACUUAGUUUCCCCUACAAUAACAUUUUCAGAUACAUUUUAAAGCGCUAAUUGACUUGGCUGUUUUGUUAAAGUUUGAGGUCUGUUGAAUUCUUCACAGAUUUUAUUUUGAAGUGAGUGAAGAUCGUUUACACAGGAUUUCCAUUUCAACAAAUUUUCACAUUCCCCAAAAACCAAACGAACAUUCAGGAACAAAAUAAGAUUGAUUUGUUCAAUAUAAUUUUGUCACUAAAGCGUUUGUCAUGUCCUCCUCCACCUGUGAUGCUGUGCAUAAAAUGCCAUGUUGGUGUUGUGCUUUAGCAUUAGCCGCUGCUAAUGCUAAUGCUAAUGCUAGUGAUUUUCUGUUUCAUAUGAGCAGUAAAAACCAGGAGGGAAGAGAAACCCAACAGUAUUUUCAUUUUGAAUCUGUUUAUUUAUGAUUAUAAGGCCACUGUGGACUGUGCAGAAGUUGGAAAGGAGAACAGAAAUUAACCGACACCAGAACCCAGCGACACCCGUCCAGUUCAGUUCCUCUCCUCCAGGAGUAAAAGUCUCAGUCUUUCCGACCCAAACUGCCGUUUAUGGAUCAGGACCAGGCUGGAGUGUUUUAAGGCCACUUCCCAUCUACGUGAUAAGUGAUAUGAAGAACAAAAACUUCUUCUUUGGUUUCUUCUGCCAAACUUAGAGGAUAAGAGAUGUUUUCACACAAUCAGCCGUCGGAGUGAAGAAAAUGCAAGAAUUAAUUAACUGAAGCAGUGGAUC